ACCUCGCUCGAUAUUCUCGCUCACUUCUGCAUUUCGCGCGUCUCGAUUGUUUGCAAUAUAUACAGGGAAUUCCGAUAACGUUAAAUUGCAAGUUUCGAGAUCGAGUCGUCGUCGUCGCCUCUCCGGCUCUCCCUCUGUUUUUUUCUCUCAUCAAACAUGACGGUCGUCGGGACACAGAUCGACAGUGACAGGCGAUUGCUCGAGUUUUCCAGUUACGAGGAUUAUCUGGACUCGCUGGUGACCUCCGCGGAUAUAUACUACCUGAAGAGUAGCAAAACCGCGCGCCAAUUGGCCGAACUCGGCUACCGCUGCACCGGCGAGACCCUGAGCGAGGGGAGCUUCUAUCGUCGCUUACGGAUCGUGCGAGACCUGCUGUUCCCCGCGCACCGACCCUACGAACUCACGUCGGAAUCCAUCACGCCGAGCGGUAGGCUAAUGGAAGAGCUGGCUCUGCGCGAACGAUCCAACCGAUUGGGUGUCUUGUCAACCGUCAUAUUCCUCCGCCACUUGGCGAAGCGCUCGCAGUUCGAGGAGUCUGCCUAUAUCGACUUCGGCGACCGUCUCCAGAAGGAAAACUGGCGGCCGUACUAUCGAGGGGAGCGGCGACUGUCGCCGCGCAAGCGAGAUCUCGCCUAUUAUCAUUGGAGGCUGGGAAAGGCGUGCUUGAGCGAGAGCCGCAAUUACCUGCCGAUCGUGGACACCGAACGCGGUCUGUUGCUCAAAAAUAUCCACGACAGACAGACGAUCACUGUCGAUCCGGCCGCUGCGUCGCCUGGCAUACACACCACGCGAGUACGGAUACACUGUCCGUUUUACGAGCACGUGAUAUUGUACGACCAUGUGGUCCGAAGCAAGAUCUUCCACGGGAAUUAAGACGACAAUUGUGCUCUUAGAGGCUGCGGUACUUAUAGCCUGUUCCUUGUAUACAAGACAAUCUGCCUAAGCUUAUCUGAAGAUGUUACAUGGAUCGUUUCAUGGACAACGCUAUAAAGCAUCUGAAAAUGAACUGGAGGCAAUUUUAAAGAUCUGACUAUGACUACCGCUCUAA